UUGGAAAAGAUGCUGGAGCCCCAGGUUUGGAGGGAGGCAGCGACCCAGGUGUUCUUCGCUCUGGGCCUUGGGUUCGGAGGGGUCAUAGCCUUCUCCAGCUACAACAAACGGGACAACAACUGUCACUUUGACGCAGCGCUGGUCUCUAUCAUCAACUUCAUCACCUCCAUCCUGGCUACGCUGGUGGUGUUCGCCGUGCUGGGGUUCAAGGCCAACAUCAUGAACGAGAAAUGUGUUGUGGAGAAUGCAGAGAAGAUCCUAGGUUACCUUAAGUCAGGUGUGUUGAGUCUUGAGCUGAUCCCUCCCCACGUCAACUUCUCUCACCUGUCAGCUGUGGACUAUCAGGAGAUGUAUGGAGUGAUCAAGACUGUCAGGGAGGACAGCUUCGAUCAGCUAGGACUGGACCCCUGUAUACUGGAGGAUGAACUCAACAAGGCAGUGCAGGGUACAGGCCUGGCCUUCAUUGCCUUCACUGAGGCCAUGACCCACUUCCCUGCCUCUCCCUUCUGGUCCGUCAUGUUCUUCUUCAUGCUGAUUAACCUGGGGCUGGGGUCCAUGAUCGGCACCAUGACAGGGAUCACCACACCUGUACUGGACGCUUUCCCCAAGAUCCGCAAGGAAUUCCUCUGUGUUGGUUGUUGCAUUGUUGCGUUCUUCUGUGGCCUGUUGUUCGUCCAGCGCUCCGGGAACUACUUUGUGACCAUGUUUGAUGACUACUCAGCUGGCCUGCCUCUCACUGUGGUGGUUAUAUUGGAGAAUAUAUCUGUGGCCUGGAUCUACGGCACCAAGAGGUUUAUGCAGGACCUAGAGGACAUGUUGGGUUUCAGACCCUACUCUUUCUAUUUCUAUAUGUGGAAGUACGUAUCUCCUGCCUGUCUCACCGUGCUCAUCGUUGCCACUGUGAUAGAGAUGGCCGUCAGUCCUGCAGGGUACAACGCCUGGGUGGAGGAACUGGCGUCGGAGAAGUUCCUCUCCUACCCUCCGUGGGCUCUGGGCGUGGCCUACUCCCUCAUCAUCGCCGCCAUGCUUCCUCUCCCCUGCGUCUUCAUCGCGCGCCACUUCAACCUGCUCUCUGACGGCUCCAACAAGCUGUCCGUCUCCUACCGUAAAGGCAUGACCAAGGAACUCUCUGGCCUAGAGGAGGAGAACGAGUCCCGCUUCAUCCUCGGUAAAGGCACCCCCAGCCCCAGCCCCUCGCCCAUGCCUUCUCACCGCCCCUACCUGGGGCCCGGCGGAGCCCAGGAGAUGACCAAUACGGCUGGAUAUGGUACCGGGACACCAACCAAGACGGGUUAUCAGAAUAUUAAUUCGCCAGAGUCCGAACUAUGAUUGAUCUGACUGACUGAAGCACAAGACACCCUAUCUAUCAAACACAACUCAACAAAACCCCUCCAGAGAGAGAGAGAGAGAGAGAGAGAGGGAAAG